AGGCGCACCGCAGCACGAGCGCCACACUCAAAAUCCACCCUCAUUACUUCUUUACGUGUUAUUUUCUACUUUAAUGCAACAAGUCCCGGUCUAUAACGCUAGAAAAAGCAGUACAUGUCUGUAUUAAUUAUGCCAUUUAACCGUUAGCAUUUUGCAGCGAACUUUAGCUGUAAUUUAGUAUUUUUCAGUCCCCUGUUGGUCUGAUCGACAGGAGCCGCAGUGAAAAUGAUCCCUCAUUUAAAGAGCAGAAACGCUUUCGCGGAUGUUCUCGGUGUUUUCUUCGGCUCUUUCGUCGCUGUAGUCCUGUUAAACGCGGGGUUCUGCGGGAGUACAGAGCUCGAUGCGGGGAAGUGUUUGGUUUGGGGUCCUGGACUGAGUUCUGCUGCUGUACUUCCGGUCAGAUACUUCUACAUCCAGAGCGUUGAUUCACAGGGACACAACAUCACCGUCUCUCCCGUAAAAGACUCGUUCAGAGUGAAGAUCUCGUCUCUGGAGAAGGAGUAUGUUCGUGUUCAUGUUCCUGCUCCGUUAGAUCGGGGAGAUGGAUCUCUUCUGGUCAGAUACAGGCUCUAUGGAAGCUCCUCCAAGGGUCUGAAGAUUGAAGUCUUGUAUCAAGACGAGCCUGUGGCAAACUCACCUUACACUCUUAGAGGUCCUGUGCAUCAUGAGUACUGUGUGUGUCCGGAGCUGGACGGCUCGGUCUGGAGCGGCGCUCUUCAGUGUCCUCGGGACGAGCCUCAGAUCCAGCAGGACUUCCUCUCCUUCCCCUCCAUCGACCUCCAGCGCCUCCUGCAGGAGGUUCCUCAGCGCUUCUCCAGACGAGGAGGACUCGUUCACUACACCGUCAUCAAUAACCAGCUCCACCGCCGCUCGCUCGGCAAGUACACCGACUUCAAGAUGUUCUCCGACGAGAUGCUGCUGUCCCUCGCUCGCAAGGUGAAGUUACCGGAUGUGGAGUUUUAUAUUAACGUGGGAGACUGGCCGAUGGAGAACCGGAAGGCGGGUGAUGAACCGGGCCCCGUCCCCGUCCUCUCGUGGUGCGGCUCCUCAGACACGCGUGACAUCAUCCUGCCCACGUAUGACAUCACACACUCGUCUCUGGAGGCCAUGAGAGGCGUCACCAGCGACCUGCUGUCCGUGCAGGGCAAUACAGGUCCAGUGUGGUCAGAUAAAACAGAGAAGGCCUUCUUCAGGGGUCGGGACAGUCGAGAGGAGCGUCUGCGUCUGGUCACAAUGUCCAAAGAAAAUCCAGAGCUGCUCGACGCAGGAAUAACCGCAUAUUUUUUCUUUCGCGACCGAGAGAAGGAUCUGGGAAAAGCAGCUCUGGUGGGAUUCUUCGACUUCUUUAAGUACAAAUACCAGGUGAACGUGGACGGGACGGUGGCGGCCUACAGGUUUCCGUACCUGAUGCUGGGGGACAGCUUGGUCUUCAAGCAGGACUCUCCGUACUACGAACACUUUUACACGCAUCUGAAAGCAGGAGUGCACUACAUCCCUGUGAAGAGAGACCUGUCCAACCUCCUCCAGAAGAUCCGAUGGGCUCAGAAGAACGACACGAAGGCAGAGGCCAUAGCGAAGAGUGGACAGUCGCUGGUCAGAGAUCUGCUUCAGCCUCACAGACUCUACUGCUAUUACUACAGCGUGCUUCAGACGUACGCCGCUCGUCAGAGCACGAAGCCCACGGUUCAUCCAGACAUGGAGCUGGUUCCUCAGCCGUCUGACCCGAGCGCCCGGUGCGACUGCCAGCCGUCUCCAGACGAGCUCCAAGCCCAGCGGAAGAGCGAGCUCUGAGCCCACCAGACAAACUCAUUCACCAUCGCCGUUAAAGAUGGGAGGACAGCGAAGGCCUAACAGAUAAUUGUGCAUUAAUCCCUCUCUUUUCCUCACGUUUACUUCCUUUUUUACACUUUGCACCUGAUUUCAGAUUCUUGUUCGUUUACUUCACGUAGUGGAGUUUUUUUCUUCACUUUCUUUUGUGUGUUCCUGGAGCACAGAUCUAUCUGUAGAAAUAGAUAACAGUAUGCUGUAUGGGUUAGAAUGAUCCUUUUUUGCCGAAAUCAUUAGGAUAUCAAGUAAAGAUCAUGUUCCAUGACGGUAUUUUGUAAAUUUCCUGCCAUAAAUGCAUCAAUUUCAUUUUUGAUUAGUAAUAUGCAUUAAGAACCUAAUUUUGACAAAAAUGGUGAUUUUUACAUCCUCAAACUUUAAAAUUUUCUAAUAGCUGUAUAACAGAGAUUGUCUGAUCCUAAUAAACCAUUCAUCAAGGGAGAGAUUAUUUAUUCAGCUUUUAAAAAUCUGGUGUAGUGCUCCAGGGUCACCUAUUUAUGCGUACUGAUUAUCAUUUGGCACAUGAAACUGAGUUUUUACUUUCUAAUGCUUUAAAUGAAGUCAAGCAUUAUUUGUUCACGUGAUGUUUCCAGAGACCAGUUCCUUUGAUCUCAAGGGAACACAUAACUACAGUGUUUUACCAUGUGCUGGUUUUGUAUGAAUGUAUGCCGUGUGCAAAAAAAAUUGUAAACUGCCAUUUGGAAAAACUGUGCUCAGAGUAUACUUUUGUUUUUAUAUAUGCAUUAAAAAAAAAACAGUUUAACAUUUGCCGAAACUCUACUGAACCUGAUGAGGAUAAGCUUCUUCUUCAUGUGAAUGUGGGUGCCGUCAGAUGUAAUAUGUUUACGAGAAAUAAAGUCUUCUAUGAGUGUGUAUCUUGCGUACAAAUUAAA